UUCACACAAAUCCCUCAUAUACAACCGGGCCACAAUCUUAAUCGCAUUCUGUGUUGCCAUUCAUUUCCUCAGCAGAUGACUUCUAUACCAAAAUAAAUGAAUACUUUCAUAAACGCCAUCAACAAUUAUAAACAUUUCAUCCUUCAUGGUACGCGUAAACUGCACAAUUUUUCUUUGGACCAGCUGGACCAAAAUAAAAGCAGAGCUACCAUAUGAAGAAAAUGGAAUCAGCACAUAAAAGAAUGACUUUUGCUUUCUCUGUCUCUCGAAAGUGGGAAACCAGCGCAGCACGGCCACAUCUCUUACACGAUAAAAUAUUGAAAAAUAACUAAUCUCACUUAACCGGUAAUAAAAAAAUUAAUUUUCCCCCUUUGCUUGCAAAUUACAGUCUCCUUCUUCUCACCUCUCACUAUUUAUACUUAUAUCCUGCUCUGCAUCCCACGCCUCCCUCUUUCCUUUUAGUUCCACACAGACUUUCCUGCUCUUCGUUCGUUUUCAUACUAGUUGAGAUGGCGUCGCGAUGGGAGACUGAGUUAGGCAUGGGAAUGGGGAUGCCAGCGGCGUUCAGCACGGUACCCGCGCCGGCAUAUAUAUACGGGAGGCUAACCGCCGCAGAGACCCUGCCUGAUUUCACCCAACAUGACAUCUACUCAUCAUCUUCUUCUUCCUCCUCUUUGGUUUCUGCUGACGCUAGCCUCCUUACCGCAGCGCAGUUCGCCGUUGCUGACAUUAAUUCUAAUCCCGAAUGCCAUUAUCCACACCAUGCCUCAAUCGCUGACGAUAUCUACAUACCAACUGAUGAAGUAGCAGAGCUGGAAUGGCUGUCAAAAUUCGUAGAGGAUUCCUUCUCUGACGUACCGGUCCAAUCUCUCGCAAUGGAGACAGUGGUCGCCAACUCCAUCCAUCGGACCGGCAUAUCCGCAGUAGCACGAGGAGCUAGGAGCAAGAGAUCCCGCGGCAUGAUCUCCGGUGCUGAAUCUGGCGGCGUGAAUCACCUCCCAGCCUCAGCCUGGUCGUCUCUUACGCCUUCAUCCUCGACGACAUCAUCAUCAUGUUCAUCAGACUUCCCGACACCCAAAAUUUGUAACAGGAAGAAACAGGGAGCGGCAGAUACAGAGGCGGUCGGCGGAGGGAUGCGGCGGUGCACUCACUGCGCAUCGGAUAAGACGCCACAGUGGCGGACCGGUCCGCUCGGGCCGAAAUCGCUCUGCAACGCCUGCGGGGUGCGAUUCAAGUCCGGGCGGCUUGUGCCGGAGUACAGGCCGGCGGCAAGUCCUACUUUUGUUCUAACGCAGCAUUCUAACUCUCACCGCAAGGUCUUGGAGCUCCGCCGCCAGAGGGAGAACGCUGCCAUAUACAACGAGUAUAACGUCCGCUGACGUCGAUCGUUAAUUGUCGCCGUUUGUUAGUGUUCCUUUAUUGAAUUUGGCUGGCACGUUACGUGUCGGACGGUAAGCUUUACUCCAAUAAAUCAUUGGACCAGUUUUCUGCACGUUUGAUUUUUUUUUUCUUUUUAAUGGAUGGUCACGUGAUCCAUUCCCUGCUUGGGUGACAUGGGAACGUGCCGAUCACAUGAGGGGGUCGAUGACAGGAAAGCAUGAAGGCUCAGAUUUCUUCGCUUGAAUGAACUGGAAUGAAUAAAGAGGAUUGCUGA